UAGAUUAUACAACUUUUCCCCCUCGUCAAAACUUUCGAUCGGAUGAUGUUCAAGAAUCAGCCAACCCUCAUCUAUAAAUGAAACGGCAUUGAAAAGAAUGUCAUCAGUUUCUCGAAACAACUCCACAACAACAAUGAAAUCCAUCGCCGCUACCGCUCUCUUGGCCGCCGUGGCCCAAGCUCAAGAGCCUUACUAUUACAAAUGGAGCCCAGAAACACCUGUGGCCCCCGCAUUCAAGUUCCCAGAAAAUAUCCCCGUGCCCUUCCCCGAAACCAAUGAGCCUGCGGGUAAUGCCGGCUACCAAUACCAGUACACCCCUGAGCAGCCCAAUGCCCGACCUUUCAAGGCUCCCGAGGACUACACCCCCGUGGACUUCAAGUACCAAUAUGUCAGCCAACCUGGCGACAGCUUCAAAUACAAUUACAAGCCCGCCCCUGGGGAGUUCGACUUUACCUAUGUCCCUGGACCCAACAUGAUGAACUUGAGCCCCGAGGAAAUCGAGGCCAAAUCUGCCGGUGUAGCCACCAGUGUGCGAGAUGUGGCUGCCCUGUUGUCCACCGUCAAAUCGGACGACAUCAAGGCCAUCACAGGUGAAU